GAGUGAACAGGUGAGGUAACGGCCCGGAAAUGAAUGAAUCGAUGCGGUGCGGACCUAAGCAUUGCUGUAAAAAGUAGGGCCUAAGCCUAACUUGUACGGCGUGCUGCGUCGUUUGUACCUCACCUCCUCCGACUAACUUGUACAUCUGCCGCACACGUGUCCCAUGCCAUCUAUCUCCAAAUACAAAUACAAAUGCAAAUACAAUACAAAACCAACCACUCCUUGUGAUUUCGGUCGACUUGGCAGAAUCAAUGAGCCAGCUGAUAUCGUUGCUUAUGACGGCCACCAAGCUGGCCGGGGUUCUUGCCUCCGUCACCGUUGCUGCCAACGCUUUCUCUUACUCGCGCUAUAAGCGGAAGAAUAUGUCGCCCUUUAGAUCCCCCCUCGACGAGUCUGCCGAUGUUCUUGCUCAAUUCAACAUCAACCCUACUUCCGAGGAGGAAGAAAGCUUCUUUUUUGGGUUAGCAACAGCACCAGCACAUGUUGAGGAUAGGCUCAAUGAUGCUUGGCUUCAGUUUGCAGAAGAACAGCCCUGUGACCAACCCGAUUCUCAAAAAGGUGAAGAAACAGCUAAUGCUGUAAUGGCCUCCGCAUCUGGAGAUGGUGGUUCUCAGAAGGCUGCAUUGACAGGCAGAGAAACUAGUAAGAGCAUGAAGAGAAAGAAGCAACUCAGGAUAGCCAUUGAAGCCAAAAUCCGAGGAUUUGAGAAAUAUGAGGAGAUUGAAGAACAACAUGACUUGGGUAAAGAAUGCCAUCAUACUGUUGCCUCCUGGCAUAAUGUUCCACACCCCGAGGAGAGGUUGAGAUUUUGGUCAGAUCCUGAUACGGAACUUCAAUUGGCUAAAGAUACAGGAGUUCAGGUCUUUCGGAUGGGAAUAGACUGGACAAGAGUCAUGCCUGAAGAACCUUUGAAUGAACCUAGAGAAACUAUCAAUUUUGCUGCAUUGGAACGAUAUAGAUGGAUCAUCCAAAAAGUUCGAUCAUAUGGAAUGAAAGUAAUGUUGACGCUGUUCCAUCACUCUUUGCCACCAUGGGCGGCAGAGUAUGGAGGGUGGAAGCUGGAGAAAACUGUCGAUUAUUUUAUGGAAUUUACAAGAGUGGUUGUUGACUGUGUGUCGGAUUUGGUGGAGUACUGGGUAACUUUUAAUGAGCCCCAUGUUUUUGCCAUGCUCACAUACUGUGCUGGUGCUUGGCCUGGUGGUAAUCCUGACAUGCUUGAAGUUGCCACUUCGGCCCUUCCAACUGGUGUCUUUAAUCAGGCCUUGCAUUGGAUGGCUAAAGCACACUCAAAGGCUUACAACUAUAUUCAUGAGAAAAGUGCAACCCCAAGUGCAAUUGUUGGAGUAGCACACCAUGUCUCCUUUACGCGACCAUAUGGGCUAUUUGACAUUGCUGCUGUCUCUGUAGCUAAUUCCUUAACACUGUUUCCGUUUAUGGAUAGCAUUUCUGACAAAAUGGACUAUAUAGGGAUAAAUUAUUAUGGACAGGAAGUAAUUUCUGGUGCUGGAUUGAAGCUUGUAGAAACUGAUGAAUAUAGCGAAUCUGGGCGUGGGGUUUAUCCUGAUGGCUUAUUCCGUGUACUAAUACAUUUUCAUGAAAGAUACAAGCAUCUGGGCGUACCAUUUGUCGUUACUGAAAAUGGUGUAUCUGAUGAGACAGAUUUGAUCAGGCGACCGUAUAUGCUGGAGCAUCUUUUGGCAACUUACGCAGCAAUGAUCAUGGGUGUGCCCAUCCUAGGCUACCUGUUUUGGACCAUAUCUGAUAAUUGGGAAUGGGCUGAUGGGUAUGGUCCCAAGUUUGGUUUGGUAGCAGUCGAUCGUUUCAAUAAUCUUGCAAGGAUUCCACGCAAGUCAUACCAUUUGUUUUCCAAGGUGUGGCGGGUUGUGAAGUCUGGUAAAAUAACUCGCAUGGACAGAGCUCGGGUGUGGAAUGACCUCCAGUCGGCUGCUGGAGAGGGGAAAACAAGACCAUUUUACCGGGCAGUUAACAAGCAUGGUCUGAUGUAUGCUGGAGGCCUGGACAAACCAAUAACGAGGCCCUACAUUCGUCGGGACUGGAGGUUUGGACAUUAUGAGAUGGAAGGUUUGCAGGACCCAUUGAGCUGCCUCUCAAGAACUAUUCUCCAUCAUCUCUUCUUCCUCUUCCCGGGUAAGAAAGAAAAUGUAUUGGAAACAGAGUCAGGGUUGGAGGAAUUAGCAUACGAGUGAGCCAACGAACGUGUUUGUGCAUGCAAGCAAUAUCAUUGCCAUCAGUAUUGUUUUCGUUGCAUGACUUGGCCUGUGAUUGUGAACAGGUAAUGAUAUUUUGUAUGAUUUUAUUAUCUUUUGGCAUGUGUAUAUAUUAUUUUACUGAAGUUACUGUUCA